AUGUGGAAGAACCAGCUCGGCGUCGACACGAUAUGGAAGAAUCAGCUUGACGUCGACGAGUUGUGGAAGAAACCAGCUUGGCGCCGUGUUGACUCGCUGGACAUACCUGCAGUAGGCAGCAACAUUAAUUUCGAAGCGUGGGUGGAGUUUGCUCAUUUUUGCCUUCGAAACCCGUUGUUGCAAAUAUGCUUUCUGGCCCGCGAGCAAUUGCACGGCUUUGCUGCAGUAGUGCGACUUCAGAAGUGCGAGCACGUAACGGCACGUUGCCACGCCGCUGGUCGCUUUACAAUCCUGUACAACCGGCCGUAA